GAAGAGGCGGCGGCCGGUCCGGCUGCCUCCGCCGCUGCCUGCCGCUGUCAUGUCCCGCCCGGGCUAGGGACGAGGGCAGCGAGAGCGCCGAGCCGAGUGCGGUGCUGGGGACCUCUGGCCGGCGGCGGAGGGAAGGGGAGCGGCUUCCUUUGGGAGUUCGAGCCCAGGUUCGUCCUCGCCAGCCCCGGCCCGGCACCCCGCUCGCCGCCACACACCGUGCUGUCCUCCUGCUCCUUCCCGCAAUCAUCCCCUCUUGCCUCGUAGCCUUUCUAGCGCUUCACAUUCACGUAACUAAUCGCCUGCCUGGUUUUAAGGAGAGGGAUGCGCGCUGUGGAGUUCUUCCCUUAAUUCCAGUCGCAGUUAGCAAUUGGCUGCUUGGAACCCAAAAUGAAAACAAAGUUUUAUGCACUUUUCAGUCAGCACCUUAGGAAAGCCAUGCAGUCAGGAGAGACUGAGAGAGAGCGAGUGCUUCUCACUGAUAACUGCAAGUUUAUGUGAAUUUUUGCCUUCUUCAUAAUAUCAGAAAGUGUUUAAAAGCAUAACUACACACAAUUAUUGAAGCUGGAACCACUGUUGAGGUUCUUUGGAAUACUUUCCUUUACGCAAGCAAAUGUGUGUAAUAUCAGCAAGGCUGUUCAUGAAUACGUAUUUGGGGAGUGCAUUUGCUUCCAUCUAACGGCUUUCCACAUUAGUUCUUUUUUUCUGUUUAAGUACUCUAGCUUAACUUAAUGACUUAAUGUUACUUGAGUAUGUUUUUAAAUUGGAUAUCGAGUGUUAGAGCUGCUGAGUGGGACUUUUUUAUCUGAAGUCUGAGAGUUGUGUCAACCUUCCAUUUCAGUUAUUCAAACAUAAAAUGAGUUAGAACAGCAAUUAGAAACAAGAAUUGUGAGCAUAUGUGUAUGUAUGGGUAAAUAUAUACUAGAUAAAGAGAGCUGUCAGUUCUUGAAAGGCUGCGGGAUCAGGAUGUAAGAGCCAACAGGAGAAAUACCCAACAUGUAAUGUAUUUAUUGUAAUUGUAUUAGUAUUAUCAGCUAUGCUGAGUGAUCCACGAGGCCGUAAUAUGAAUUGCAUGUGAAUAACAAGCAUUUGGGGCCUGAAUGUUUCCUUAUGGCAUGGUAUUACGAUCUUGCACAAUAUUGUCUUGAGCAAGCUAAAUGGACAAAGUUUAUAUUAAUUGCCUGCAUGUAAGCAAUAUAUGCUUAGCACAAUUACUGAAAAAUUAGUUAGAUGCUUUAAGACUCAGAAGUGUUAGUGUAUUCAAGUGUCUCUUUGAAGUCUAGAAGCAAUGCACUGAGAAAUACUGCUUUCAUUUUUUUAACAAGAAGAUUGAAGAUUUGUUGAUAUUUUCUUGAUUCUCUAAAGAAGUUCUUCUGUGGGAGUAAUUCUUAAUAUUUUUUUUUCUGCUGCUCGUAAGCUAAAGAUUGCAACAGAGCACUAAUGUGUAACAACUAGAGGAGGAAACUAGAAGUGAAAGAGCAAUAUCCCAGUAAUUUUAUUUUCUCCAUCCUGAAAGCUAUAAGCAAGUGAACGUUAAAGAACAACAUUGUAUUUCAGUAGUUUUCAUUGCAGAACAUUGACUUUGCAGUCCAGAGUAUUCACAUCUAUAAAACCUGUUGAAUCUUACGUUAGCCUUUCCAACAGCUGAAAAAAUGCACUUAAAUCAAGAAAAAGUACUGUUAUUAUUUUAUGAAUAUCCUGUUGGGUAUUGACCACAGAAGUAUCGCAAUGACUGAUUGAUUAUUGUCAUCUAUUAGAAACACUUUGUUAUGUCCAGUAUAUUUUACUCUAUAUUUCCUGAGAUUCUGCCAUGUUUGUUCUUUCUUUCUAGAUGAAGUGCUAAGAGUUGAGCUAGUUUUAAUAAAAGAUCUCACCUGUGAGGCUUAACUAACCUGAAGUGAGUCUCAGUCUUUAUUUUGCUGUUAGUAGGAAGUUGAUUUAUAAGCUAAGUUAGCCAUGUACCAGUGAAAAACUAGGCUAGUUACCAUACAAAUCAUGAUAAACAGAAUCAGAAAUUACAUGUCAGUCUCUUUGAUUUGUAAAGUACAAUUUACAUGUUUGCAGAAUCUGAAAUCUUUAAGGAUAACUUCAAGGAUGCUUUGAACAGUCUUUUCUGUAUUUUCUGAAACUUUGUUUCAGUAAUUUGGAUAGUUGUUCCAAGUACUCUAUAUUGCUAGAGAGAAAAUGGUACCUGUUCCUUGUAAACAUGAGGAGGGAAUGCCAGCUGAAACAGCUGAAUUUGUAAGACAGUUGGUAGUUUGCUCUAGUUACUCUACUGAGAAUUCUGACCUUGCAUGUGAAAGAAUUUAUGCAAUCUUAAUUGUUUCUGUGAUGUAACUUAGUAUGUUGUAGAAGAUCUGUCUCAUAUUAGGCUUUUUUGAUAGUUGGCUCUUUAUCAUCUGAAGAUCAUGACUUUGACCCUUCUGCUGAAAUGCUGGUACAUGAUUAUGAUGAUGAGCGAACUCUUGAAGAAGAGGAAAUGAUGGAAGAAAGUAAAAAUUUUGGUUCUGAAAUUGAAGAUUUAGAAAAGGAAGGAAACAUGCCGUUGGAGGAUUUGCUGGCAUUCUAUGGCUAUGAACCGACAAUUCCAGUUAUGGCAGGUUCCAGUGCGGAUAGCUCUCCGAGUGAACUUGCAGAUGAACUUCCAGAUAUGACUCUAGAUAAAGAAGAAAUAGCUAAAGACCUCUUGUCGGGUGAUGAUGAAGAAACACAGUCCUCUGCUGAUGACUUGACACCGUCGGUUACUUCACAUGAGGCUACAGACUUCUUUCCUCGGCCAUUGCGGUCAAACACUACAUGUGAUGGAGAUAAAGAAUCAGAUGGUGAAGAUGUAGAAGCAGACAACGGUAACUCAUCUGAAGAUCUGAGAAAGGAAAUAAUGGUUGGUUCACAGUAUCAAGCUGAAAUUCCACCUUACCUUGGCAAACACAGUGAUAAUGAAAAAGUGUAUGAAAAUGAAGACCAUUUACUUUGGAAACCUGACGUGAUCUCAGAAAGUAGAGUUAAAGAAUACCUUUUUGAAACCUCUUUAAGAACAGGAAACGGAAAAUUAAUUGGCAGAAUUCCUGAAGGGCUACAUACACGGGACAAUGAACAAGCACUGUAUGAACUUCUCAAGAGUAGCCAUAACGUUAAAGAAGCAAUUGAGAGAUACUGUUCAAAUGGAAAGGCACAUCAGGAAGAGAUGACAGCAUGGACAGAAGAAGAAUGCAGAAGUUUUGAACAUGCACUUCUCAUUUAUGGUAAAGACUUUCAUCUCAUCCAAAAAAACAAGGUAAGAACCAGAACAGUUGCUGAGUGUGUGGCUUUCUAUUACAUGUGGAAAAAGUCAGAACGUUACGAUUACUUUGCUCAGCAAACAAGAUUUGGAAAGAAGAGAUAUAAUCAUCAUCCAGGAGUUACAGACUACAUGGAUCGUUUGGUAGAUGAAGCAGAAGCCCUUGGUGGAGCAGUGCAUUCUUCAGCCUUAACAUCUAAUAGUCGAACAGAAACCAUUCCUGAUCAACAGCUAAGCAUUCUGAACUCCAUCACUGCCAAUGAGCUGACAGCAUUGACAAAUAGUGUAGCAACAGUCUGCCACACUUCAGAUGAGAACUGCCUGGAAGAUGCUUUUCCCCCUAUGGACAGCUUACCCCGAGCACCAGUUAAUCAUGUGCCUGUUGGAACAGAAGAAUUGCUUAACUUGCCAAGCAACGGUGAAAGUGAUUGUUUUAAUUUAUUUGAGACUGGCUUUUAUCAUUCAGAGCUAAACCCGAUGAACAUGUGCAGUGAAGAGACAGAAAGACCUGCAAAGAGAUUGAAAAUGGGAAUUCCUGUCCCAGAAUCUUUCAUGAACGAUGUCUCUGUAAAUAACCUUGGUGUGGACUUUGAGAACCACACGCAUCAUAUUACCAGUGCCAAAAUGGCUGUUUCGGUGGCUGACUUCAGCAGUCUAUCUUCAAAUGAGACAAACGGUUUCAUCAACACCCACACUCUUCACCAACACACCGCCCUUCAUUCAGAAUGACUGUGGAAAAUGGAACAAACAGUGGGUACAUUAUGCAGUAGUAGUAAACUUGAUGGGAGCUAUCAGGUUUGCUUAGUCUUUCACUGGAAGUUUGAACUUUAUGACAUCAGUGAUGUCUUUGUAUGUAUAGAACUAUAUCUUGAUUUAUCAAGAGUAAUUUCUUUUUUCAGUCCAUAAAUGUGGAAAUGUUGUAUGAUGUUUGGCAGAGUUUGCGACUAAGAGAACUCUGUGGUGCAGCUUUAAGCUCUGCUUCAAUUUUUUUUUAAAGCCUGUAGACAGAGGCCACCAAUUCAAAACCAGCACAGAAGUUCUGAACUGAUUGGAGUGGCUUUUUAGCCUAAGUUACUUUUGCUGUAACAAAUACAGUGGAAUAACAAUGUUUACAGGUACCUAUCCUGAUCCCUGUGCAAUGUAGCAUUUUUUUUUCUUAUAAAGGCAGGGAUAGGCUUCUUUAAUUUAAACUGCACAAACACACAAGGAUGUUUUUUAAAUGGAACCUUCUCUCAUGUGAUACUAAACUAGAGCACUUCCGUUUACAAAACAGCAAGUUCAUCUUGGUGGAAGCUAGCACAAGGAACUGACCAUGAGUAAAGUGUGGAGACCUACACUUGGACGCUGUUGCAAAAGUACAGGCCAGGGCUACCGUACAAAAGUAAUUGUACUGCCAGAAGUUGUGUGUGUACUUUAAACUUAUUGGCUUAAACAGAUUGAGUUUUAGGCUGUUGUGUUCUGGUGGGUUUUGUCCACAUCUUGGAAGAAAGGUGUAAUUAUGUAACUUUCCUAAGGCAGCUGAUGUUGCAUAAUGCUGCAGUCUGCAGGCUUAGGAUUUACCACUCAACAGUCUAUGUUUUGGAAGACAAAUUAUUUGGACCACUGCAGUUCAAAGUGUUAGAGGGACUGUCUAGUUUAUGUAGAAGUAGUAGAACCUUGAAGUAUAUAUUUAAAAGCCUUUCUUUUGUGUGGAUUGCACUUGUUUGUUUUGGCAAGGUCAUGGGCUGAAAAAAGGCCCUUUGCUACUCUGGUCAAAUAGGAAAGGAUGAGGAAAAAUGUUUCACAUAAAAGCAGCUGUUUUACUUCAGUAAUUUUUUUUGUUUUGAUCAUGGAAUGUGAUUCAACCAUCCAGAAAUUUUGUCUUGCAACGGCUUGUUCUAGUUCUUGAGGUAGAGUUGAACCAAACCAAGUAUUGUCUUGUAAGAUACUUUGUAGCAUAAAACAUGCAGUUUUUAAUGAAGCUGGGAAGGUUAUUUCAGUAAGAUGACUGCUUUUCCUCUUGUUACAAAUUUAAUUGCCACUAACUUGUUUUCAUUAUUCAAGUGGUUAAGUUUGCCUUGUUGAUAUUUGAAAUAGUUGCUUCAAGGUCAUGCUGAGUAACUAGAAAGUAGUGACUUUAAUAUUUGAAAGGGAAGAGGGUAUUUAUUAUGCAUACUGUGAACUGCAUUGACAUCCUGAGUUGUGGAUGCAGAGUAUGGAGUUUUCUUUACAGCAUUGUAAUGAAGAUUGCUUUGAAGUGUUUACACAAUAGCACAUUUACCAUAUUAAAAACAAAUUAGUUUAGCACAGUGGACAAAAGUAUAGAUAAUUUUGUAAUGAGUUUUUAACUUACACAUCUGAAGUAUGUAAUACUGGUAAGUACACAGUAAAUAACAGGUAGCCUUGGCCCUGUGUUGUACUCUGACAUUUUUUAGCCAAGUUGUCAGCUUCUUGUUGCUGUGUUUUGUGCUGAACUUUGUACUUUGUUUCUUUUGUUGAUGAAUCAACAUAUUUUAUGUAAUUUUGUAAAAUACUGCCCAUAAUCCUUUGUUGUUAUACAUUCAAGUUUUAUGUAUGGGUUUACAGUGAGUGGCCGGUGUGUAUAAAAAUCAUUAUAGAGAGGUGACUGAAUGCUUAUACCAGUUGCACUUAAAUGAACAUGCCCAUUCUCAUUAGCUGAUGCAGUAAUAUAUUCAGUUUAUCUAUGCAUUGCUGGGAUCUUAAUGUAGACAGAGACUUGUCUAAGGUUUGGAUUGUCAGCAAGUUGAAUGGACACUUUAGUUAUUUAAAUAAAGACUUUUGACCAAAAUUCAGAGAAUGAUAUGAGAGAAAAAUGAAUUCCAGCUAGUCUAAUAGGUUUUUAAAUGCUGAUCUUUUGUAGCCUGUUGGCUAGCUAGCUGGUGUCGUUUACUUUUAAUUCCUUGUUAAAAUGAGGCAAUAAUUUGCAAGAUUUUGUAAAUAUGUAAAUUCUUCAUAUCUUUUUAGAUAUCUAUUUCAAUAUUUUCUGACUACUUCUGUGUAUAGGAAAAUUUUUGUGCAUGCUUGAUGUGACAUUCAUAAAUUUGUACCACUAUGACUUUAUCCAUGUAAAAUAGCUAUUUAUUGAAUUUUUCUUUUAAAAGCUGGACUUACUUAUUUUUCUCUCAGUUUAAACAUUUAAAUGGAGAACUUGUUACUGUUUAUUAAAAGAAUUGUGUUUUGAAAGUCAGCAUGAAGAUAACUGAAUUGCAAGCAUGGGAAGAAGUUACAUUGCCUUGGUUCUUGGAUGGUGGAGCACAAUUCUUGUAACAAACUGUGAUAAAUUCUUUGUCUUUGCCACACUUUUUCUUCAUACAAACAAACAAACCAAAAAUCCAUAAUGGGCAAUUGCAGUGUUGGUAAAUGUAUCCUUCUUACAUACAGGGAGCCUGACGAGGAUAGCUGAUUCAUUUAGAAGUGUAACUGGUGCUGUGAUUAUAGCAAUACCUUUACUUUUGUUAGUCAUGCAUCAUCUUCUCAUGAUAGAUUUUAAAAUGUUUUCCUCUUGUCAUGGUCAAACUGCUGAAUUUACUUGAAGGAUGUACAAUACUGUUUGAAGAAUACUAAAUUGUGUACAAUUAGGUUCAAUGAAUUGUGCAGUUGUUUUCUGUUCUUAAUUUUUAAACCUGAGGGUCAAAAAUGUGUGAAAAAAUCAGAUUCAGUAGAACAUAAGGAUAGUAUGUAAUUUAACCAAAGUCUCUAGUGAAUACUUUAACUUUGAAUGUAAACUAAUGGAUAAACUGACCAACGGGGUCACUGCUUGCCCAGCUUUACAAGCACAUUGCCUACAGAUCAAGAAACUAAAUACAAUAUAAUUUAUAAAAUAAUUACCAGGUUACUAUUUUUUUCUUUAAUUCCUGUUUUUCACUGAAAAAGAAGGGAAAUACUAUCAGUUGUAAAAUACAGUAUGGUUGUAGUCCUCUUAAUGAAGCAAAGAUCCCAGUUACUCUCAAAGGAGCCUAACAAUAAACUUUAGUGACAAUCGGAACACACUGUAGUACCAGUCAGAUGCUCAAGAGGAAGUUGCUAUCGUUGCAUUGGUUUUAAUAUUUGUACAUAAACACUGAUUUUUUUGAGCAUUAUUUUGUAUUUGUUGUAUUUUAAUACCUGGUGUACAGUUCCAGAAAUAAAUGUCUGGAAACCUUU